AUGGGACGAACGCAGUUGUCAUACCCACCCCUCCAUCACCCUACCAUGCCGAGUCGACGAACGACCCCAUCUCCGACCUUUUCAAGGCCACGUAUUCCCCUCAUUAACCUAUGGCCUACUCAGGCCUCACCUAGUGAAGAAUGCUCCGAGCCCGUUUGGGACAUGAGUGAUAAUGAAGCAAAGAAAAGGAGCGAUAUUAUUGAUCAAGCGCUGAAAACAGAGAAGGUUGCCAAGGCUGCAGCGCGGCGCAAACAACGCAAAGUAUUGGUAGUUGGUCAAAGCGAGUCCGGAAAGAGCACUCUGGUCAAACAGUUCAGACUCAAGCAAUCACCAGAAGCUUUUGCUAUUGAACGUGAAUCGUGGAAAAGUAUCAUUUAUUUGAACAUUGUUCGCUCAAUAUUGAAAGUCAUCGACACUGUUGCACCCAGUUUCAACAUCAGGAACCCAACUGACCUUGAUUCUCAAAGUUUUGCACGGCUACGGCUUCGGCUAAUGCCUUUGCGUAGCGUUGAGGAAUCAAUCAUUGAAUCUCUAUCGUCACCUAAGCAAAUUCCCCGAUCUCGGAAUCACAAGACAGCGUAUUCCAGCAUGUCGCCUCGCUCGAACGGACGUGGUAGCGAGAGGGGAUCGCCGAGGCCCGAGAUGGACACGGAAUAUGACGAUGUGUUUGUCCACCCGGAAUCUCCUUGGCAGCGGCUCCUUCAGAAGUGUAUGCGCACCACAAAUGCGAUCAGGACAAGUAGUUCGUUUGGCUCCGAGAACGACGGAGUGGCGGUCGGCACAGAUGACCCUGCCAUAACACUGGAAGCAUGCGCCGCCGAUAUGAAGCUUCUGUGGAGUAGCGCAGUUGUUCACCAGUGCCUUAAAGAGGUUGGAUUCUUCAUCGAAGACAUGUCCGGUUUCUUCCUCAAUGACAUCGAACGAAUCACUUCCCCUGGGUACAUCCCAACAGAUGACGAUAUUCUACGGAGUCGGGUGAAAACGAUCGCACCGACAGAAACAAUUCUUCCUAACCUUGAACAAGGGUUGGAGUGGAGGAUGUAUGACGUGGGUGGAGCACGGCGGCAGCGCGCUAAAUGGGCGCCUUUCUUCGAUGAUAUGGACUUGCUUAUUGUAAUCGUUCCAGUUUCAGCGUUCGACCAAUAUUUAGCUGAAGAUCAUUCGGUGAAUCGCCUCCAAGAUUCAUUCGAAAUGUGGAACGAGUUGUGUAAAGCAACUGCCUUACAUCACAUCCCGGUUCUAUUAUUCCUCAACAAAACCGAUAUCUUGGAAAAGAAAUUGCGCGCAGGAAUUAAGCUAUCCGAUUACUUGAUCAAUUACGGCGAUCGUCUGAAUGAGCCCGAAAAGGCACUACGAUACCUUACUAAAAGUUUUAUUGGCUUACGCAGGAAUUCGAAGGCACCCAAGAGUACACCAUGCUACAUCCACCGGACAUCUGUCGUGGAUCGAACAACAACCCAAACAGUCAUUGGACACGUCAGAGACCAGGUUGUGAUAGGACACAUGAAAGAGUCCUACUUUGUUUAA